UGCUGAACAGCCCCACAGUUGCGCACCAUACAACCAGACAGGCCUCAGUAUUUGUUUGUAGAGUGGAAUUUUAUUGUAGGUUGAUAAGCUUGAAUUCCUUCCUAUCAGCCAAUACAUUGUACUAUACUUGAAUGAUUUAUUUCAGAAACAACAUGAGUCACAUUUUUGGCCAUUUUGAGUUAAGAGUGAAUUCGGUAUCUAUGGAUAUAGCCACGUCUUUUCAUGUAAAAACAACACCAGUCAAGCCAUUCUACACGGUUUUUGAACGGCCUGAAGAUUUCAUUUGAUGCAGAAACAACACCAGUCAUUGACUUGUGUUGUUUCUGUGCUUAACAGCUGAUAGAGUGGUCACAUGUCAAGCGCUGCAUGCGGCGUCGCACGCUUAUUCUUAUUAGCAUUUAGCAUUGAGGUUAUGUUUGUUUACAACUAAUAUUGUUCAAGUCUUUGUGAUUGCUUCAUUAAAACUUCUCUAUUGAAAUAAAAGUUAUAUCUAAAGUAAUACAUGUAGUAUGGCUGAUGAGGGAAUUGAGCAAUAUAGUAACAAAAGAAAGAAGGGAUCUACUAAUCCAUCUGAAUACAAAAGGAAUGUUGUCAAAAAAGCAAGAGUCAAGGGUGCAGCUUACGUCAAUUGGAAGAAUCAACAACAACCUGAAAUAUCUCAGGGAGCUGAUUGCAAAUGUAAACGUCGCUGCUAUGAUUUAAUCAAUGAAGAGGUUCGAAACAUGAUUUAUGCCAAGUUUAGGAGCUUUGAAACGAAAAACGAGCAGGACAGCUACCUUCAAAGCUUGAUCUCAGUUACUCCAGUAAAGCAACGUCGUCGUAGAGAAGACCAAGAUGAAUCAAAACAACCGGACAGAGGAGCCAUUUAUGUUUAUGAAAUUCCAAGUGUUAGUGGAAAAUACCAGCUCAUCGCUAUAUUGAUGGACUUGAGAGCCACACUUUUCGCUUAUGGAACACAUAUUCAGAUGUUAUCACUCUCCCAGACGCAGUAGCCUACCCAGAAGGAUUUAUUCCCAUACUCCACACCAAAAUAAGUGACAUUAAGAAGCUCAAGGACUACCUACCAAAUGGAGAAGAAAUACAGGACUUUUAUAAUGAAAUAUUUGCUUGGUCGACCUGUGAAAGAGAACCUCUUGCCAAUAAUGAUGAUUAAAGUAGCAAAAAGGAACUUUAAUUUCCAUUGAAACUGAUCUAUUAUAUUUUUUAAUUUUACUUUCUAUUAUACUUGACAAAAUACAUCAUACAUUUAUAUAUAAAACUCAGUUUCAUUGAAGGAAUAUCCCAACUUACAAUGCUAAAGAUAGUUUAUUGCAGAAACAACAUAAGUCAAAUACUUUUAAAAUACCAUAAUACCACUUAUAUUUCAAUAUUUUUUCUGGCUUUCACAUUUAUUCAAUCCAAGCAACCUAGAGAUAUGAUAUACAUUUUUUUCAAAUUUUUAUUUUAAUGGGUUCAUAGUCUAUUUGGUUUUUUCUGAUUUCCCAAAAGUUGAUGAUUGGU